AUGGCUCGAACCAAGUGUACAACUCAUAAGUCCACCGGAGGAAAGGCUCCCACGAAGCACCUUAGGGCUUUCUAUGCAGCCGCUCGUAAAACAGCUCUAGCAACUGGAGGAGCGAAGAAGCCCCGCAGAUAUCGUCCUAGAACUAUUGCUCUUCGUGACAUUCGCAAGUAUCAGAAGGGUACCGAGAUGCUGAUAAGGAAACUACCUUUUCAGAGGCUCAUGAGAGAGAUUGCCCAAGUUUUCAAGAUUGAUCUACGCUUCCAGAGCCAUGCAGUGCUUGCUUUACAGGAGGCGGCAGAAACAUACCUCGUGGGACUGUUUGAGGACACCAAUCUUUGUGCCGUCCAUGCGAAGCGUGUGACCAUAAUGUCCAAAGAUGUUCAUUUGGCUAGAAGGAUCCGUGGUGAGAGGCUGUAA